AUGAAUCAAGUUGUGAUUUCUUUUCCUGUUUAGUUUAACUCAAACAAGCUUUAUGAAUAACACGCCUGUUUUUAUUUUUUACUUUGUUCUUUUACUGGUUGAACAUUAAAAUGAGACAGUAGCUGAGUGUGUGAGAAGGCCAGGAGCGCCUGUGUGGAGAUAAAGUUGAACCUGUUGCAGUGAGCUGAAGCUCUUUGGCGCUUUUAUUUUUCCUGCUUGGUGUUUCGUCACAACAUGGCGACUUGUUCAGGCGCCAGGGUCGAUUUAAACACCGAAAACCUUCAGUACGGGGCUAACAUGAUGGAGACUACUAGUGCAUGUGGAAUGGAGGCAGCCACACGUGGCCUUGUGGAGGGUAGCAGUUCCCCUCCAGCUAGUGUGACUCCUUCUCAAGAUAACCUUGGGGAGUUUGGAGGACUGAUUAACUCCUGCUGCAACGAGGAGGUAAGAGGGGAGACACCUGGGAGAGAAGAUUGCCAGAUUGACCCCCUUGAAGGCGAGCUGGACUCGAGUGGUGAUCAGAACAAGGACCAAAAUAUGUUUGGAAAAGAGGUGCUGUUACUGAUGCAAGCCCUUCACACUUUAGCUACUCCAGAGGAGAAACUUGCUGCUCUUUGCAAAAAGUAUGCUGACCUGCUAGAAGACAGUCGCAGUAUGCAGAAGCAAGUGAAGGUGCUGCAGAAGAAGCAGACACAGGUCCUCAAAGAGAAGAUCCAUCUUCAGAGUGAACACAGCAAGGCUAUUCUGGCUCGCAGCAAGCUGGAAAGCCUUUGCAGGGAACUACAACGGCACAACAAGACCCUGAAGGAGGAGAACACCCAGCGGUUCAGAGAAUACGAAGAGAGGCGUAAGGAGGCCACACUUCAUUUUCAGAUGACUCUCAAUGAGAUCGAAAUGCAGAUGGAGCAGCACAAUAACCACAACACCAAGCUGAGGCAGGAGAACAUGGAGCUUGCUGAGAAACUCAAGAAGCUCAUUGAGCAGUAUGAGCUGCGGGAAGAGCACAUUGACAAGGUGUUCAAGCACAAGGAGCUUCAGCAGCAGCUGGUUGAUGCAAAUCUUCAGAGGACGGCCGAGCUGAUGAGAGAGGUGGAAGAGAAGCAGCAGAAAGAGAGAGAACUUCUCCUGAAAGAUGCGACAGAAUCAAGACAUAAAUGUGAGCUGAUGAAGGAGCAGGAGCUUCAGCUGAAGCAGCAGCUUACUCUUUACAUGGACAAAUUUGAGGAGUUUCAGACGACCCUUGCCAAGAGCAAUGAAGUGUUCACUUCCUUCAGACAGGAAAUGGAGAAGAUGACCAAGAAAAUCAAGAAGCUGGAGAAAGAGACCACUCUUUGGAGGACCAAAUGGGAGACUAAUAACCAGACCUUACUGCAGAUGGCUGAGGAGAAAACCGUGCGAGACAAACAGUACAAGGCUCUCCAAGGGAAACUGGAGCGUCUGGAGAAGCUGUGCAGAGCCCUGCAGAGGGAACGCAACGAUCUGAGCCAGAAACUAGGAGCCCUCCAGGGCCCAGCAAAGGAUCCUGAAGAGGAGGGGACGGGGCCUCCAGAUCCCCAGCCAGAUGAGGCUUUCAGCCUGCCUGCAAAUGUAGGGAUGGAUGGAGAGGUAGAAGGAGAAAUGGAAUGUUUGGACCCCGAGACCUCAAGGCUGGUGCAGCAACUGCAGAUUGAGGAAUCAACCAGAGAGCAUCUUAAUGACGACUGAGCCAGGCCCAUUGAGGGACUUAUUAUAUAUAUAUAUUUUUUGUGGAGGCAUAUAUUUUUGUGUAAUAGUUAAUAAUUAAAACUAAAAACAUCAAUAGUAUGAGAACAGCUCGCUCUGUACAUCGGUGAUUGGCUUUGUGAAGAGCACUUUUUACUCGCUUUUUCUACCAUGUGUGUAUUUUUCUUAGGAAACAGUCGUGUGGUCCAGCAGUGACUACAGCUUUAGUGUUCCAUGCUUAAGUCUUUUGUUUAGGUUUUUCCCCUUCCUGCUAAUCAGUGCUCUGAUUUCAGAUUUUUUUUUUUUUUUUAAAUGAUAAAAUGUAGCUCUGAGAUCUGGCUUCUAGUAUUGAAAUAAAUGGAUUCGGAUGCGUAAAAAGAGGGUGAUAAUUUAACCUAACCGUCUGUAGUUAAUUAACCAGCGGUGUCGAACAGUGCAAUUGCAGGGCGUUCAUGAAAGGAAUCGUGAGCAGGCUUUUUAAAACUAAAAUGGACAGUUUACUCCAAAUGAAAGUCAAAUGGGUUUUGUUCUUCCAUUUUUUAAAUAUAAAUUUACAGAUCUUAAUGUUAUCGUGUUUCUUCAUCUCGGAGACUAUACUGCCUUUUUUUUUUUUUUCUUCUUUUCAACAUGGGAUACUCAGAAUUAAGGGCUAGUUUGACUUAAGGCUGCUAUAAACACAGUAUGUGAAAUGUCCGGACUACUUUGACCACAAUUCCAGACCGCAUCGAAGCCGGUGUUUCUGCACACCCGUUUAUUUACAAAUAUGGCUGCAGAUUGACUUUUUCUAAUAUAACUAAAAUAUGAUGGGCUUCUUCAUUGAAAAUCUUACCACUGUAAAUGUAGUAAGACUUGUUUACAAGGGUUCCUUUGUAUGCAUUAAGGUACAUAUUUUUAAGAAAUGAUCCUUUUAAAACUUAAUCCUUUCACACCGUGUAUAGAAAACUACAUCGUAAACGAAAGGUGUGUGAACAAAACAUGGGCGAUGGCUUUGUUUUGGUCGUUAAAAGUCAUGACAAUUUAAGACUUAUUACUCUGCAAACCUUUGUGCCCUAGUAGUGAGGCAGAUAAAAUACUAAAAAUGUUAAUUAACUAAAAUAUCACAUUUAUUGAAACUAAACCAGAUCAGCUUAAUUUCAGUUCUGGAACGCAUUUAACUGUCAAAAGGAGUUAAAUUAAUAGCGGCAAAAGGCCUACGUUAUUUCAAUUGAAUUGACCGGAUUAUUAUACUGGCUUGAAAUAAGCAUUUAAUUCGUUUUAAUGUGAAGUCAUUUACUUAAUUAAACUUUAGAUAUUAACCAUUUGCAAUAGCUGCCUUUUAGUUAUGCACUGCACUUGUAAUAGAACAGCUUUUCAUUACAACUGGAAAUAAAACUCUGUGAAAUUCGUUUAAGUUCAAAAGAGGCCUUGAUGGGAAAUAACGACUUUUUUUUUUUUGGGUGUACUCCUCCCCCUCCUUCUGAGGCAAUUCUUAUGAACAGGAAUAAAAUUCUGAUGCUGCUGUUCAGUAGCUGUGAGCCUUGUGGCUGUUGCCAACUAUAUGAAAGUCCCGCGUUGAAAUUAUGCAAAUUUAAUAGGGCACAUAAGCUUGGCGCCUUCUAAUUUCAUACAGUCGUUAAACAGGGUGUGAGAACACGUCCCCUCAGGUCCAUACUGAGCCAUCCGUAGCAAAAGUCAAGUUAUUUUACUUAAACGAAUACAUUCCAGUAUUUUUACAUAGUACUUAUUAAAUGGCUCCCUUUUCAGCAGCAGACAUGCACACGGUCACUGGAAAACCAUUAUUUUAGGAUUUCACUUUUUAACUUGGUGAACUGAGAAAACAAAUGUGGGCAACUUGAUCCAUGUAAAACAGAAGCAAUGCUCUGCUAAGUAAAUCAGAAGUGGCUGGACCCCCACCAGUCUGAGUCAGUUUUUCGGAAAGGCUUCCUUACACCACUAAUCCAUUUGGUUGAAAGUUUUUAAUGCUCUUAAGCUAAAAUCACAUGUUCCUCACGUGCGACUUUGGCUUCUCUUUAUAAUUGAGUGCACGAUGAGGUGGUGUUUUGGUACUGUUCGUUUCUCUUUACUUUGCUGUUGCCCUAGUUUGAUUCUCAGGUUAUGCAAGAAAUCUACCUCCACAGGCAAAACUAACUGUGAAAGAGGCUGAAGACAGCAGUUGCUAUGAACAUUUUUUUCCCCUCCCUUAACUGAAUGUGUCCUGUCUGAGACCGAAUGCUCUUGUACCCAUGUCUUGCUUUUCAAUAAAAAUGUUUUGUAGA